GAAAAAUUAAGCGCUCAAUGCGUGUUUCUGUUUUGGUUCACAACACGAGGUUGGUGUUGAGCCUGUUUUUCUUUGGGUAUUUCGUGUCAGUUUGAUGUAACUGUCCAUUUUUGUUUCCAAAAUUUGAUCAUGUCGGUGUGAUUUUUUGACGAAUUUUUGAAAUUUUCAAAGAUAUAGAGCUACUACCCAGCUUUCGAAAUGGCUACCUCUUUGGCCGCACAACUCAAAAGACUUCAAGCGCCACAAACAUCGUUGUUGCUUCAAGACAAGAAGCGCCCUUCCUUAUUGUUUGAUCCAAAAGAGGCUGCUAACUAUGACCGUCAGACAAUUUAUGAAUUAGGUGUCGCUGGUCUGGAGGAGCUAAAGACGUUAUAUGCCAGGUUUUCAGAGUUUGAGAGCACACUUUUUGAUUUAUCAUCGAUAUCUCUUGAGCGCGCUGUUCAAUCAAAAGAAGUCAAUAGAAAAUUGGAUGCAAACAUCAAAAAGUUUUUCUAUCUAUUAUCUCCCUACUUUCUUCUGAAGCCUGCACACAAAGCUCUUGAGUGGCUUGUCCAACGGUUCCAUGUACAUCAGUACAAUGCUGAAGACUUUUUGAUGCUGGCGCUGCCUUACCAUGAGUCUCGAAUUUUUAUUCGUGUUAUGCAACUUAUUGACUUUUCAUCUGAAUCACAUCCAUGGCACUGGCUAGAACCCCUUAAGAAGAAGGGUCUUCCUUUGAGUAAAUCUGCUCUUUUAAAUCAUGUAGCUACAAAUCCUUCUUUUCUCAGACAACUGUGUGAUGCAACUAUGGGAGCUGUGAAGGAACAUGGGCAGUAUGCUGGUGUUUUAUCAACUUUACUAGCUUUCUAUAGCACCACCUUACUUGGGCUGUUUGACCGAUGUAAGGGUAAAGUGACAGAGCUUCAAAUGGUUCACAUUAUUGAUACCCUGCAACGUGGUUUGGGUUCUUCUGUCUUGGACUUUGCUGCAGCUUCUUAUAUAAUAUUUGGAAGGAUGGUAACCAAUGUUUCACCAUCCAGACAAAUUUUAGAGAAAUUGAUCAUUAGAAUUUCAAAGGUUGACCAUACUGAACUUAAAAUAGAAAAGGCUAUGCUUCUAGUACUCAUCUAUCAGAGUCAGUCAAAAGUCUUAAAAGGAGUUCCAGAUAAGACAUUAUCAAGGCUUGCAUCUCGCAAGGAAACUGCCUCUACUUAUGGUCUGUUGGCCUCAAAAGGUUAUGAUGUAGUUCCUUUUCUGGUGCCUUUGAUGAGAGGUGCGUUAGCCUUGAUUCAAACGCAGCUAGUUGGUAACAACUCUGAUUUGCGGUCUCUUGUUGAGAAUUUGAUAAAUGAAGUGCGUUUUAGUGAAACUGGAGCUGACUCAGUAGUAAGGAUGUUUAUUGAAGCAUUUGAUGUAUCUGCUCUAGAAGAAGUGUCAAAGAAACCUGUGAUUGCGUUAGGUGAAAUGAAUUCUCCACAUGAAGUUGUACAAUGGUACUCAAAAAUUUUAAAACAAUUAGAACGCUCCUACCCAUCUGUUUUUGACAAAGCUGUGUGUAGAGCACUCAAAGGACUUGGUGUCUCACCUUCACAAGCUUCAACUUUGAGGCAAAUGCUUGGGUUUGAACUUCAGCUAGAUUUGUUUGACAAACUUCAUCAUCAGAAGUCUAGAAUUAGAGCUGAAGCUCUUUUGGGUCUUGCUCGACAAUGUACAACUCUAAAGGAAAAGGAUGAACAAACCUUGAAAGACUCAUUACUUGAUGUUCUGAAAGAUGAUUCUGCUCUUGUUGUACUGGCUGCGUUGAAUUUCCCCGUACCAGUGCUCAAGCGAAUUUUAUCUAGAUCUCCUCUGCACUCAAGACUUGUUGGAGUUCUUCAAAAUCAUGUGCUGCCACAGGGAUCCGAUAGCAAAUGGACUCAUGUUAUUCCUGUUGUAAUUUCUCAUCUAACACAAAUUGGUGAAGGUGACCCCAUAGAAGAAUUAGAGUCAUUAGUUGCUCUCUUGCCACACAUGCUGGUUGAACAAGAUUAUACUGAAAGUGUGCUAGCUUCUCCUUUUAGUUCUCGGAAUCAAUUCACAGUAGCACUGAAGAGUCAAAAAGAAAAAAAUGUUGAAGGAAUAUACAAUAUAAUUGUUAAUAAGCCAGGUGCAAUUGAUAUCAAGCUUGUACUAGAAUAUGGGAAAAGGCUUGCAAUGGAUGCCUCUUUGAAUUUGAUGGAAUCUAAGUUUGCACUUCUUCUGCUUCUUGCUGCUAGUUUACCUCUCAAAACACCAGUGGAAAAAAGUCUUGAAGCAUUGCAUCUUGCAUGUAGUCUCAUCAAAGGAGUUAAGGUUUCUGCUACUUGCAACCAAUCUGAAAUGUGUGCAUCUUCCCUAGUGAAGUGCCUUUCAGUCUGUAGAAAGGGCUUCAUGCCUCUUGAGGGAUAUUUGCUAGUUGUGCAAACAAUUAUAAAGCGGUCUGAUGUGAAAGUUUCUUAUGAAAAUGGGAAGUGGCUUGACUUAGAGGCACUUUCUUCUAAUACAAGGCUACUUGUAGAGCUGUACACCUCUCUAUCUGAAGGGUGUGCAUCUGAAGAAAAUAAAUCCCAGUCUGCUUAUGUCAGCACCCUCAAAUCUUUCUUUAAGGCAUAUUUCCCAUCUCAGCAAAAGCAGGUAGAGUUUUUGGCAAACUUUUGGCCAAGUCACUGUCUAUUAAAUAAUGCUCAUAAAGAAGAGAGAGAACUUUCAAUGAAAAUUCAAGUACGUUCAUUGCGCCUUGCUGGCUUGAUUCUGAGAUCCUGCCAAGAUGCUCAAUGGUCUAGAGACCUUUCAGUGAAAAAUAUUGUUUUUCCCGCUCUAUUGGUAGCAUUAUAUUGCCCUGCUACUCCUGUACGGAUUGCUGCUUUAGAUAUUGUUCAGAACUUAAACCAAACACAGUCUAAAAUUGGUGGCCAAUCAUAUGACUUCUUGGUCAAACAAAUCCAAGAUUCAGUUCAAGAACUUAGCCUGGAUGCCGAACAACUUCAGCUAGUUCUCUACUCAUCAAUUUCUCCUGAUCCUGUUGUCCAAAGUAUGUUACCAAAAGAGUACAGGACUGUAGCACCUAACAUACUGGACUCCCUUUUAAAUAUUGUCCAGAAUAAACACACUCCUCAGUACAUUUCCGCUGCUCUUCUUACUGUUUUAACUUCUGUUAAUUCUGAAGCUGUUUUAAAGAAACUUUUGCCGAUAGUUGCACAAAUACUGUCUGAAAACAAAGGGCAUCAGACAUUUAACUUGCAUAGCUCUAUUAUUAUAAAUAAUGUUGUCCAUCGAAUAGAUUCACAAACAGCCAAAAUUUUUAGUAGUGGUACAAUAUGGACAGUUUUCACAGAGCUUUUGGCCAAUCAGCAGACAUCAGUUCUAUUAGUCGAUGGCAAAAUCUCUUGUCCAGCUGAAUUAGCCUGCAGCCAGGUGACAAGAGAGUUGUGGGAUGCACUCCCUGCCCCUCAGAACUCCAUUCAACAACGUCUUUUGUCAAUGUUAAUAUCUGCUGGGACAGAAACUGAAAAACCAUCUGUUCUAUCUGCUGUUUCCAGAAGUUUCAAACAGUUGUCUGUAGAUGCCUUGCUCAUUGUGACUGAAUUGAAUAAAAUGAAAGAUGUAAAUGUUGUAGCUGCAAACUCUAAUCAAGCAAGGCGUCGCAGUAAUUUGUCACCUCCCUCUCCACAAAUUCUUGAAACCAAAGAGUGGAGGUGUGGGAUGACACUCUUAGAACUUCUUCAAAAUAAGAAGAAACUAACUAAUCCUCAUCUUUUACUUCCAGUUUUGUUUGAUCUUUUGAAGAAGUGCCUUUAUUUUGAGGAACAAGCUCCAGUUGAAUAUGCCAAACAGCUGAUACUUUCUUGUGUUUUGCAUUGUUGCCAAAAAUUGGCACCAGAUGGAGCAACUAUUUUAGAUAAUAUCAGCCCAGACCUCGUGACCAGAGUCCUUGACAUUGAAUCCAUUGUUCACUGUGUGAGAGGCACUCAAAACCCUCAAACUCAUCAUCAUGCUUUGCUUCUUCUGGCUCAUGUGGCAGCAUUAGUACCAGAGCAAGUGCUCUUGAACAUCAUGUCUAUUUUUACUUUCAUGGGAUCUCUUGUGCUACGACAAGAUGAUGCAUACAGUUUCCAGAUAAUUUCUAAAGUUGUUGAUACAAUUAUUCCCAUUCUUAUAAAGGCUAGUAAAAGUGGUACUUUCUCAGUUGGUGCCAACUCACAACUUGAUGCCACAAUCGCAUCAAUCAUGCGUGUGUUUGUUGAUGCUCUCUUGGACAUUCCUGAACAUCGACGGCUAUCUUUAUUCCAUAAGGUGCUAACUACUCUAGAUCCUCAACAGUACAUGUGGCUAUUCCUAUGUCUUGUCAUGGAGAGCCAUACUGUACAUCACUCAGAAAGUACCAAUGACAAUAGAAAGAACAAAGGUGCUGGGACAAAUUCAGAAGCUCCUAAACGAAUUGAAGUGGCCCUUCAAAUAGUUACUCAGUUUCCCCCAGAUACUAUUCUCUCAAAUUGCAUUCAACUUCUGAAGUAUUUGCUAUCACUUCCUCUGGAGAAAGGAGAUAUCAAGAGACCUGUGAUUAAGAGCUCUGCUGCUGUUGGAAACUUGGAUAAAUACAGAGUCAGAUCUUUAUUUGAUGUCGAUCACCAAACUCCCAAACAUCUUCGUCACUACAAGUAUACCAUUGUUACUUUCUUGUCAGCUUUACUCUCCUCUCUACCCUUUGUCAAUCAGAUUUCAAAUAUGGAUGAAGAAGCCACAGAUAUUUUGGUGCCUGUGUACUUGCAAUUGCUGGAGGUGCUUUUGGUCUUAAUCCAAGUAUUUUCUCGUCAAUCAGAUAUAUCAGUUGGUACACCAACGGCCAAGUACUGGAGAGUAAUGGUUGCCCAAGCAUAUGAUAUACUUGACAAGGUCAAUGCACUGUUACCAAGUAAAUUAUUCCUGAAUAUUGUAAGUGGACUUAUGGUGCAUGAACUCCCAUCAUUGAGACGUAAGGCAAUGGAGCUUCUAAACAGCCGCCUAUCUUCAAGCCAACGGGAAGUAUUUUUAGCAUCUUGUGAAAGUGAGGAUCUUCUUGCCUUACUGGAACCACUGCUUAAUGUGGUGAAAACAAUUACAACUGUGUCUAAUGGCGAAUUUAGUGAAGAGGUCUUCCUGAAUCAACAAACAGCGUUACUGUCCAUCAAAUAUUUAGCAAAACAUUUAGCUUAUGAUAAUUUCAAGACAUUCAAACCGAUUCUUGAAUAUAUGACUUCCGUUAUUUGUAAAGGACAAAUUCACAAUAGUAACCUUUUAGCAAGUGUGGUUUUGUGUGCUGCUGAGCUGUGCAGUGCGUUACGGGCUCAUGCAAUUGCAUCACUGCCAAUACUUAUGCCAGCAUUCAUUAAAUUGAUGGCAUCUCAGAUUACUCAAGUGCCUGAUGUAGUGCAAGUUAGCUUAGCUGCUUCCCUUUACCGAAUUGUGGAAAGCCUGGCUGCAUUCAUCAGUCCGUACCUCCAUCCUCUUCUAGUGGAACUAUGUGGACUUUCAGCCUCGCAUUUCCACGAAGAGGAGGACCAAGCCAAGGCUGCUCACGUGGCAUCCAAACUCAAGGGCACUAGGCAAAAGUUGGCAUCAACUGUUCCAACACGUGUGUUAGUUCCAGCAGUGGAAAAUGCUUACAAGGACCUUAUAUCAAAGAAACAGUUGGAUGCUGUCGGCCCAUUAAUGAGUGUGUUAGCUGAGAGUUUUGUGGGGUUGACUAGUGCUGAUCUUACUGCACUGCAAAGUACUCUCUCAGACUUUUUCUUAAGUGCAUUACAAUUCAGAUGCUCUUCUGGUGCUGAUGUGACCCAAGAUCAGGUUGAUGUUGUUGAAAAUCAUGUGAUAAAAGCCCUGGUUGCAUUUGUUCUCAAAUUGUCAGAAACCUCUUUCCGACCACUGUACUUCAGAUUAUAUGAAUGGGCUACUCGCCUCAAUGAAAAUAACAAAGAGAGGACUAUUACAUUUUAUAAGUUGUCACACGGUAUGGCAGAAUGCCUGAAGGGACUCUAUGUCUCAUUUGCUGGUCAUUUCCUUAAAAAUGCCGCUGAAUUGUUAGAUCAUUGUAAUAUCUCCAAAAUAGGAGAAAAAGAUACUGAUGAUCAAUUGCCACAGGAAUCAAAUGGCCCUCGGCAUGAGGAGCUUUUCUUUGGUAGUGAACAAAUUGCAGAAGAGAAGAGUGCUACAUUAGUUAAUAGUAUUCUGAAGACAUUAAAUUAUGUUUUCCUUUAUGAUUCUCAAAAUUUUCUCAGCAAAGAAAGAUUUGAGACAUUAAUGCAACCAAUUGUUGAUCAGCUGGAAAAUACUUUAGGUGGAGUUGAGGGACUGAGACAGAGAGCUACUGAUGUGUUAGUGCCAUGUAUUUCUCAAAUGGCAGUAGCAUGCACCGAUGACACUCUGUGGAAACAGCUAAAUUAUCAGAUCUUACUGAAAACAAGACACGCAACUCCUAUGGUACGCUUAGUUUCACUGGAAGCUGUUAGUGGAGUUGCUCGUAAGCUGGGUGAAGGUUUCUUGCCACUGCUGCCAGAAACUGUGCCGUUCUUAGCAGAACUUCUUGAAGAUGAAGAGGAAUCAAUUGAGACUGCGUGUAGGAGAGCGGUCCAGGAUCUUGAACAAGUUUUGGGUGAACCCAUCCAGAAGUACUUCUAGUUAUGACAAGUGUAUCGCUACAAACAAUAAAUUUUCCAACAGUCACGCCA